AUGCGAGGAUGCUUGCAGUUAUCCCGAUGGCUGAGCACAGCGCCACACCCAGCGCCGAGACGUCCGGUGACAAGCCUCAGGUUUCCUGUUUGCUUCCCAUUCCGACAUAACUCUCUACGCCCUUUCACAAACUCGGCUAUCUGGUACUCUCGAGUGAAGACGUCCUUUGGUUCCCACGAUGCAGAUCUCGAAAAACGAAUUGCGGCGAUUCCGAUCGAUCGAUAUCGCAACUUCUGCAUUGUCGCCCAUGUCGAUCACGGCAAAAGCACUCUCUCCGACCGUUUGCUCGAACUCACCGGAACGAUCCAGCCAGGAACAAACAAGCAAGUUCUCGACAAACUCGAUGUUGAGCGAGAACGAGGAAUCACAGUCAAGGCCCAGACGUGCACAAUGAUCUACAACCACAAGGGCCAAGAUUACCUGCUGCAUCUGGUGGACACACCAGGCCAUGUCGAUUUUCGUGCGGAGGUGUCUCGUAGUUAUGCGAGUUGUGGAGGAGCGUUACUUCUCGUUGAUGCCAGCCAGGGUAUUCAGGCACAAACUGUCGCGAACUUCUACCUGGCUUUUGCGCAGGGCCUUGAAUUGAUUCCGGUCAUUAAUAAGGUCGAUUUGCCCUCAGCGGAUCCAGAGCGGGCUUUGCAACAAAUGAAGAGUUCGUUCGAAUUGGAAACAGAGAAUGCCGUCAUGGUCUCGGCCAAAACCGGCCUGAAUGUUGAGCAGGUGCUUCCAGUUGUUGUGGAGAAGAUUCCUGCGCCUGUCGGUGAUACCGAGAAACCCCUUCGCAUGCUCCUGGUUGACUCGUGGUACGAUUCAUAUAAGGGCGUCAUCCUCUUGGUGCGUGUCUUUGAUGGCGAAGUGCGGGCCGGUCAGCAGCUAGUGUCCUUUGUCACGGGAAUCAAGUACUAUGUGGGUGAAGUUGGGAUUAUGUAUCCCAGCGAGACGCCACAAGCCGUUCUACGCGCUGGUCAAGUCGGGUACAUUUACUUCAACCCCGGCAUGAAGCGAAGCAAGGAGGCCAAAAUCGGUGAUACCUUCACUCGAGUAGGAUUUGAGAAGACCGUCGAGCCACUCCCUGGCUUCGAAGAGCCCAAGUCCAUGGUUUUUGUGGCAGUAUAUCCUGUUAACGCAGACCAUUUUGAGCACCUGGAGGACAGCAUCAACCAGCUCAUCCUAAACGAUCGAAGUAUUACGGUUCAGAAAGAGUCUUCAGAAGCAUUGGGGGCAGGGUUCCGUAUGGGUUUCCUAGGUACACUUCACUGUUCUGUGUUUGAAGACCGUCUCCGACAAGAGCAUGGGGCCAGUAUUAUUAUCACUCCGCCUUCGGUGCCUGUUAAGGUAAUCUGGAGAGAUGGCACAGAGGAUAUCAUCACCAAUCCAGCCCGUUUUCCCGAUGAGGACAAUGUGCGUCUCAAGAUUGCUGAAAUUCAAGAGCCGUAUGUCCUGGCUACCUUGACCUUCCCGGAUGAGUAUCUUGGAAAGGUUAUUGAGCUGUGUGAGGCCAAUCGGGGUGAGCAGCAGAGCAUUGAGUAUUUCACCUCUAGCCAGGUCAUCCUCAAAUAUGAGCUGCCUCUUGCUCACUUGGUCGAUGAUUUCUUCGGCAAGCUCAAGGGCUCCACCAAGGGCUACGCCAGUCUGGAUUACGAGGAAUCUGCUUGGCGAGCUGGCAAUAUUGCCAAGCUGCAGCUCCUGGUCAACAAAGUCCCUGUGGAUGCGGUGUCCCGGAUCAUGCACAUGAGCCAGGUCAACCGACAAGGUCGCCUGUGGGUGACCAAAUUUAAGGAGCAUGUUGAUCGACAGCUCUUCGAAAUCAUCAUCCAGGCUGCUGUUGGCAAAAAGAUCGUUGCACGAGAAACCAUUAAGCCGUAUCGCAAGGACGUCCUAGCGAAGCUGCAUGCCAGUGACGUCAGUCGCCGAAGGAAGCUGUUGGAGAAGCAGAAGGAGGGCCGGAAAAGACUGCGUGCUGUUGGGAAUGUGGUGAUUGAACAUAAGGCGUUCCAGGCCUUCCUGGCGAAAUAA